CCCCCUGCUCUCUCCUAGCCGUUGCCCGACCCCCUCCCUUUGCCAUCUUGGCGUCUGCGCCCCACAAUUUUAAUUGCCAGUAUAGACCGGAAGCAUCCUAAGCAGCAGCAGCAGCAGCAGCAAUCAGUGCCCCACAGCCAGCCACACUGAAUCAAGACUGCCGCCGAGGGAGAGGAGAUUGAUCGGGGAGGAGGAUGAGAGGCCUCAGAUCGCGGAUCCUCCGGACCCUGCAGUCCUUCCCCAACGCCGCCGCCGCGCACUCCAACGCCCUCCUCCCGCCGCCCGACGCCGCCGCACCCGCGCCGUCGGAGGCCGGGCCCGAGCGGGCCGAUGGCGACUGCCGGGGCGGCAACGACGACGACAAGGAGAACCUCUCGCCGGAGGCCAACCCGCGGAAGGCCAAGAAGAUGAAGGUCACCUGCGACCGCGAAUUGGGGAGUCCGGCGGCGAUGUCUCCUGUGGAGCCCGGCGGGCCCUACCGCCGCCCCGAGCUCGAGUCGGCCAGCCUCUUUGAUCCGGACCUCCUCGCCGCAUUCCGCGGUGUCGUCGACGCGUACACGCAGGCGCUCGAGAAGACCCAGCGCCAGCCCAUCGACGACGACGCUGACGACGACAUCGCCGCCGCGCUGGACGCCGGCGGCCGCGACGAGGACCCGCUGGCUGGGCUCGAGAGCCGGUGCCCGCCCGGCGGGGCGCGCGCCGUGGUGCUCUACACCACGUCGCUGCGCGGAGUGCGCAAGACGUUCGAGGACUGCGCCACCGUGCGCCGCCUGCUCGACGGGCUCCGCGUCGCCUUCCUGGAGCGCGACGUCUCCAUGCACGCGCCCUACCGGGACGAGCUCCGCGCGCUGCUGCCGCCUCCGCCGGGCCCCGGCGGCGCCGGCGCCAGCAUGCCCCUGCCGCCGCGGCUGUUCGUGGACGGGAGGUACGUGGGCGGCGCGGACGAGGUGGUGGCGCUGCACGAGCGGUCGCGGCUCCGUCCGAUGCUCCGGCGCGCCGCGCGGAGGGGCGCGGGCGACGCGGCCUGCGCGGUGUGCGGCGGCGACUGGUUCGUGGUGUGCGGCGGGUGCAGCGGCCGUCAUUGGCUCUAUGACGACGGCUCGGCCGCCGCCGUCGCCGCCAACCGCGUGCCGUGCCCCGGAUGCAACGAGAACGGGCUGGUGCCGUGCCCCCUGUGCAGCUGAGGUGAUCCCUGCGCUGCCCCGACAGACAUGUACAUCUUUUUUGUGUAUUACCAUGGCGACAGCAAAAUUCUUUGAGAUUGUUUCACCCUGUUGUAAGUAGUACUGUAUAAUUUAUCAGACAUUUCUUGUCUGCUCAUUCACCCUGCAAAUUGUGAAAUCGAUGAGUUUUUGUCGGACUUGCUCUGUAUUGAUACAGUCUGAAUCGCAGAAGCCAGAAACAAAUCGAUGUCAAUGCCUGCUGAUGAGGUUGGUCUCCGAGGUACGUAACACUGACUGGUUUUGUGAAAAGAACCAGGGAGGUGUGGGUUCCCUUGUCUGGGUGCGUCUUUGGAGCGGCAUGACAAGAAGCCAAGAAUCGAAGAACACACAUGUUUGGAGAUGUGUGGCAGGCAAAUUAGUACGUAGUGUAGUUUAUUUCAGUUUUAACCAUGUGUUCAUAAACAAAAAAUUACACUUAUAGUUCCAUAAUGAAAUCUUUGAACCACGAUUUUGGCUGCUGAGGGAGUCUCUUGAGCCUCAACACCCUCAUCAAUGAACAGAACCAUGA